AUGGACGCCCCGCCCGCGUCCACCUCCGCCGCCGCGGGAUCGGACGUCGCGCCCACGCCGGAGGACUCGCCGCCGCGCCGCGCGCCCAGGCACCGCCGCGCGCAGUCGGAGAUCCUCCUCGGGGCCGCCGCGCUCCCCGAAGACCUCGCCUUCGACGCCGCCGACCUCGGCGUCGUCGCCGGCGACGACGACGAGGACGAGUACGACGACGACGACGAGGGGCCCGGCAACGGCGGCGGCGGGAGCGCGGGCAGCCGCAUGUUCCAGAUGUUCCUCGAGGCCGGCGGCAGGCUCGGCGAGCCCGUCGACCCCGCCGCGCCCUACCCGCCCCCGCCGCGCCCGCGCCACCAGCACAGCAUCUCCAUGGACGGCUCCACCUCCUUCGCCUCCGCCUCCGCCACCGCCUCGCUCGGCGGGAGGGCCGCCGCCGACGCCAAGAAGGCCAUCUCCGACGCCAAGCUCGCCGAGCUCGCCCUCGUUGACCCCAAGCGCGCCAAGAGGAUUAUGGCCAACCGCCAGUCAGCUGCUAGGUCAAAAGAAAGAAAGAUGCGCUACAUCGCGGAGCUCGAGAGAAAAGUACAGUGUCUUCAAACAGAAGCAACUACACUAUCAGCUCAAUUGUCCAUGUUGCAGAGAGAUACCACUGGUUUAACAAAUGAGAAUGGUGAUUUAAAGCUGCGGGUGCAAACAAUGGAGCAACAGGUCAGGCUGCAAGAUGCACUGAACGACAGACUGAGGGACGAGGUUCAGCAACUGAAGAUUGCAACAGGACAGGUUAACAACGCCAACAGCGGGAAAAUGGGAAAAUUCGGCAUGUCCUCCUACGGAGUGGAUUCAGAAAGCUACCAGCGUAGCCAGAUGCAAUCUCUUGUGGCUGCUCAGCAGCUUCAGCAGCUCCAAAUCCGCUCCCAGCACCAGCAACCUCAAAUGCAUUUGCAACAGCAACACCUUGGCACCGCCCGGCAGCAGCAUCAGCAUCAGCUACGUCAGGAAGCAUUGCCAUUUCCGGGAGACCUGAAGAUGAAAGGAAUUGCCAUGACAUCCCAUGUGCAGAACGCAGGCGCUUUCGGUGGGCACGCGAGGAACGAACCGUGAGAACAUGUCAGUUGUCACAAAUAAUUUGAGUGACUCAUGCAUAGGCUAGUGCAGUGUGUAGGUAGCUAGACGCCUAGAUGUCUGCAGCCUCUAGAAUGUAGACCCCAUUCAGUUGCGAGUUUGUUGCAGAACUGAUGAAACGAACUGAGUACUUUGCCCAGGCCGAGUGUUCUGUCUGGAAUUAACCAUAAGUUGAUGUCCGAAACUUUUCCCGGAUAUAUGGUGAAUAACAGACUGUCAUAGUUAUUUGGCAAUCGUUAAGCACUGACGAGCUGAGCCGGGUGUUGUUUGCGUAUAUGCAAAUAAAAUGU